AUGAAGCUAGAAAUCCUAUCAAGGAAGUUGAUUAAGCCAUCCGUUCCAACUCCACAUCAACUUCGCCAAAAGAAGAUAUCCGUGUUUGAUCAGUUGGCUCCUCCAUCAUACACCCCCCUAGUCCUCCAUUACUCUGCCAAUGGCGACAUAGGCGAAAACGCCCAAAGACGUGCCCACUUGGAGAGAUCAUUAUCGGCGGCCUUAACCACAUUUUACCCACUAGCUGGGAGAUUUAAUACUGAUAAUCUCUCGAUUGAAUGUAAUGAUGAAGGGGUGGCAUAUUUGGAAGCCCAAGUGGGCUGUAAGCUUGAUGAAUUCCUCUUAGAACCCAAAAUUGAGCUGCUAAAUCAUCUCCUUCCAUCUGAUAUAGAGAUAGAUAUACUUAAUCUUGUCACGAGUCCUUUACUAGCAAUCCAAAUCAACAGCUUCAAUUGCGGCGGAUUGGCCAUUGGCCUCUACUUUUCACACAAGAUCACUGAUGCAUCUGCAGUUGCAUCUUUUAUUAUUACAUGGGCAAGUUCAAGCCAAGCAGAGGUGGCCAAUGAAACCAUUCAUCAACCAAAUUUUGAUUUGGGUUCUCUCUUUCCACCAAUUACUGGUCAAGAUAUUUCUCUAGUCCUCUGCAACCCAGAAAUCAAUGUUGUCACGAGGAGGUUUGUGUUUAACGGUGCAGCAAUAACAAAGCUGAAAGCUAAUGCUCAAGCACUAGCUCAGAUCCAAACUAAUGUCCCACCAUUGCCAGAGAUUUUAGUGGGAAACUUUGUUUUGGCUGCCAUUGCUCGAUUCAAAGCAGACGAGAACAAGAUGGAGCUACAUGACUUGGUGGGUUUGAUACGAGAUGAAACAAGAGAUGCCAUUGCUAAGUUCACAAAACUACCUGUCCUGAAUGGUAAUGAGGUUAUGCAGAUGUUGGAAAACAUCUGUAACGAGUGCUUGGGAGGAUUGUGCAACAGCGAGGUUGAUGUGAGAGGUUUUAGUAGCUGGUGUAGGUUUCCGCUUUAUAAAGCUGAUUUCGGAUGGGGGAAGCCGAAUUGGGUAAGUCUAAUAAGCUGUCCUGCAGAACUAGUAUUCCUGUUGGACACCAAUUGUGGGGAAGGCAUUGAAGCAUGGGUGAAUUUGAAUGAACAAGACAUGAUCCACUUUCAACAAGACCCAGACAUUGUAGCCUUCUCUUCUUAG